GAUGUGCCUGCCCAGAACCGCCCUAAACUUUAUUUAUUUAGUGAACUGAGGUCAUGUCAGACCUGAAGUUGUGUGUGGGUCUUUAUUUUGCAGCCGGAAGUUUCAUCCAUUCCAUCUACACUUUUAAUAGAGCCCUGGUAUCAUCAAUAAGCACGGGAAACAUUAUCCUCUUUUCGGAAUCCAUCAUUUCAAAUAUUCUUGCAUAUUACGUAUCAUAUCGCAUCGUAGCAAGGCAACAGUGUUAGCAACUUAGAUAUCGAGUUAGCAGCGUAGUGCUUUCGGGGCGCUGCGAUAAUUAUAAUAAACCCCCCCCAACCCCCC